GAGGAUUCUGGGAGUUUGAACCAAUCACAUUACUCUCUGUCAGAGAGGGUGGAGCCUUACAAAGAAACAAGAAGUAGCACCUUCUCUGUCAGAACCAGAACAUCAUUUAGACGGAGAUCCGUGUUGGACCUCAGCAGUACUUUGAGUAGGACAGCAGGAUGGAGGGAGUGAGUGAAGAUGACCUCUGCUGGCUGCAGCUGGAUGACUUCAGGAUGCUGCUGAUAAAAACCAUUGACCCGUCCAGAAUCACUCCUUACCUCCGCCAGUGUCAGGUGAUCAGUGCUGAGGAUGAGGAGCAGCUCUUUAAUGACCCCACCCUGGUCAUCCGGAGGAGAAAAGUUGGAGCUCUUCUGGACAUGCUGCAGAGGACGGGUGUGAAAGGUUACACCGCCUUCCUGGAGAGUCUGGAGCUGGAUUAUCCUCAGCUGUACAGCCGGAUCACAGGGAAGGAGCCCAACAAGACCUUCAGCAUCCUCAUCGACACCGCAGGAGAAUCAGGUUUGACCCAGUUCUUGAUGUCCGAGCUGAGCCGACUGCAGAGGGUGCUGCAGGAUGAGAGAAGGAGACGCCAGCAGGCAUGCUCUGUUGCUAAGGAACAGGAGGCGUGGUCUCGCCAGCAGAAGCUGAAGGACCGCGAGCUGAAGAAGUUGACUGAGCGCGUGCAGAAGCUACGGGAGGAGCGCGAGCAGCUGAAUGAGGAACUGAAGCAACUACGAGACCACAACUACAGUCUGAUGGCUGACAUCAACACUCUGAACCAGGAGAAGAGCAACGCCCUGUUGGCUAACAGGGACCUGCAGAUCGAGGUGGAGCGCCUGAAGCACACGGUCCUGCGAGCUGAGAGUGAGACCCGACUGCUGAGACGGCGGACGAUGAGGCCACUGCAGCAGAGCAGAAACCUGACUAUGCCCUCCGACGCCUUCCUUCAGUCCAACAUCCAGGAGGAGUCAAAGGAGGAGCAGAAGGAGAGACCGACACAGGAGAAGCAGGAGGAGGUGCAGGAGGACAAAAAGGCAGAAAAGAGGGAGGAAAACCUGAAGGAGGGCCAGCUGCGGCACAUCUGUCGAACUUCUCCACAGAUGAACCUCCUCACAACAGUGUUCAGACUGAGAAGGGAACUCCACAAAGCUGAGGAGCAGAGAGCCAAGAGCGUGGAGGAGAAGGAGGAGCUGACACUGCGCUCCGCUCAGCUGAAAGGAGACGCCAAGAUGUACCGCCAGCAAAACAAACAAAUGGUGCGGCAGCUGGAGGAGGUGAUCAGAGAGAGGGACAAGGCUCUGUUGUCACAGGCGCAGCAGCAGGAGGAGGUCCGACUGCACCUUCAGGAGAAGGACCAGUUCAGGAAGCAUGUCAGGCAGCUCACCGAGAAGUCGGACAAGCUGGAGCUCCUCCUCCUGAGGUCACAAGGAGAGGAGCUCCAGCUGAGGACACGCCUCCGCAAGAUGACCUUCAAUUCUCAACAGUUUGAGAGGAAUGUGAGCAGCGAGGAAGAGGAGGAGCCCAAUGAGAGGACAACUAAAGGCAGCAGUGAGGAGGUUCGCAGCGGGAUGUCAGGGGAGAAUGAAGAGGUGGCAGCUCAGCUGCAGGAGCACAGUUCUCCUGUAGGAGGCCCUAGAGAGUCGGAGCAUAGCCCUAGCAAUGCUGCAUCAUGGGAUGAGCAGACUGACGGAUUUCUCUCCCCUUUAAGUCGUCCCCACUUUUUCUACCGCAGGAAACGAGCCCUGAGGUCAAAGUUUAUCAGUGGAGAGUCCGCAACCUGUAACCUGGAGGACAGCACUGGCAGUGAAAUCACCGAAUCAGACUGAGGUUCCGCUAAAGGGAACUGGAGCUCCAGUAGUCAACCUCCCAGCAUUCCUUGCUCUGGUACUGAUUUGUGGUACAUUGCCUUGCAAAAGUAUUCACCCCCUUGGCUUUUUACUUAUUUUGUUCCAUUCCAACCUCUAAUGUAAAUGCUUUCAAAUCCUAUUUUAUGUAAUGGAUCGGCUCUAAAUACUCCAUGUUAGUGAAGUGGAAAAAUAUAAAUAAGAAAAUGAAUAAAACUAAAUUGUCAUGUGCAUAUGUAUCCACCCCCUGUGCUAUGUUAUGCUAAGUCCUUAAAAUUCUGCUGCAACCAGUUACCUUCAGAAGUCACAUAAUUAGUGAAAUGAAGUCCACCCGUGUGGAGGCUGCAGCACCACUAAGCAGGAGGCAUCACACCAUGAAGACCAAGGAGCUCCAAGCAAAUCAGGAACAAAGUUGUUGAGAAGAAUAAGUCAGGGUGGGGUUAUAAAAAUAUUCACAUCUUGGAUGUUCUCAUGGAGCUCCAUCACAUCCAUCAUCUUCAGAAGGAAAGCACGUGGUACCACAACAACCCUGCCAAAAGAGAGCUUCCCACCAGAACUCACAGACCGGGCAAGGAGGUCAUUCAUCAGAGAGGCAGCACAGGGACUUAAGGUCACCCUGGAGGAGCUGCAGAGUUCCACAGCAGAGACUGGAGUAUCCAUCCUUAGGACCACAAUAAGGCUCCACGGAGCUGAGCUUGAUGGAAGAGUGGCCAGAAAAAAGCCAUUACUUAUUAUUAAUAAAAAGUUCUGAGUUUGCCAAAAGGCACGUGGGCAACUCCCCAGAUGUAUGAAAGAUGGAGCUCUGGUCAGAUGAGACUAAAAUUUAAUUUUCUGCCACCAAGGAAAACACAUCCCAUAACCCCCAGAAACAUAGCCCUGCAGUGAAACAUGGUGGUGGCAGCCUCAUGCUGUGUGUGUGUGUGUGUGUGUGUAUGUGUGUGUGUGUGUGUGUGUGUGUGUGUUCGGAGGGGCACCAUCAGCAGGGACAGAAGCAAAACCUGUCAGUUUGCCUGUGAUCUGAGACCAAGACAGAGGUUCACCUUCCAGCAGGAAAAUGACCUGAAGCAUUCUGGCCUAGUCAAAGUCUGGGGUUAGACUUGAAGAUUGCUGUUCACAAGUGAAAACCAUCCAGAAUGAAGGAGCCGGAGCAGCUCGGCCUUGAGGAUGGGCAGGAAUCCCAGUGGGAAGAUGUGGAGAGCUCCUAGAGACUGAUCCAAAGCCACCUGCAGCUGGAACUGCUGCAAGGUGGUUCUACAAGGUUCUGACUUUAUGGGGGUGAACAGUUAUACAGGCAGAAUGUUUCUGUUAGUUUGUCCUGUUUGCUGUUGGGAUGUUCAGUAACUGAAAUGGUGACGCCUCUCAAACAACCCAUUUUAAUUCCAGGAUGUGACAAAAAGAUCCAAGGGGUUGAAUACUUUUUCAAGGUACUGUAGCUCAGAUGUGGUUUGUUAUAUGUGAUGAGAUGAGCCUUCAGUUUGAUUAUGAAGGUGGUUCACCAAACAAGCUUCUUGUGUUUUCUGCUCUGAAUGAUUUUUUUUCUAUUUGAAAAAUGUUUCCUUUAUUUCAGAUAAAUAAAUAUUUUCUUUCUGAGA